CUAAACUCAAAUCAUGGUGCUCACUGUCCAGAUUAAACUGUGACCAACGGUGUGAUUUCUCUCGUGUUUGUUCCCAGGCUUCGCUGUCGGUAGCCCUCGGGAUACCGACGAGGAAGAGGAAACCCCUCACGGAGGCUGAGCUGGAGCUCAGACACCAGAGACGAGAGGAGGCCGCAGCCAAGAGAGCCAAACUCCAGGAGGACACGAAGAAGAAGCAACAAGAGCAGAAACACAAGAAAAAAAUGGCGUGGUGGGAGUCGUGCGGCUACAGGUCGCAAUGUCUGCCGCCGGUAAACAGUGAAGAAGAAGAGGAAGAGGAUGACAGCAGCGUGUGCUCCACAGACUCCGACAGCACGGCCAUCAGCUACGUUCUGGGGGAUGUUACUCAUCCUCACGCCGCUCAGGGAGACGCCAUCAUCGUCCACUGUGUUGAUGACUCGGGCCGGUGGGGAAGAGGAGGCCUGUUCACCGCUCUGGAGGUCCGAUCAGAUGAACCACGGAAGAAGUACGAGUCGGCUGGCAAGAUGAAAGAUCUGGAGGUUGGAAACGUGCUGCUCUUCCCCAUCGAUGACAAACAGUCCAGAUUAGACGGCCGGGAUCAACUGGCCUUGAUCGUCGCACAGCAGAGAGACAAAACCAACAAGCUGUCUGGGAUCCUUCUGACGGCUCUGGACGACGGUCUGAAGAAGAUUCACGCUGCAGCUAAAAGAAAUAAAGCAAGCGUCCAUCUCCCUCGCAUCGGCCACUCCACCAGAGGCUUCAACUGGUACGGCACGGAGAGGCUCAUCAGGAAGCACCUGGCGUCCAGAGGCGUCCCCACGUUCAUCUACUACCACAACAGAGCAGCGAAGAACAACUCAGCUGCUCCUCAGACGUCGACGUCCUCCUCGGAGCCACAGGUGCAUCGCUCCGACGGGCCGACCGAUGACGAGGCAGAAGCAGAGGCCCCCGGCCCCUCGGCUCCUCUCAGGAGCCUCCGCGGCCCCACGGAGCUCCCCGACUUCAUGAGGGGAGUCCGUGUGUUUUUCUACAAUCUGGCUGCAUCAGAGAGGAAGAGGCUGGCCCGCUACCUCAUCACUUAUGAUGGAGACGAGGAGGACGUCAUGAGUCCAGAGGUCACUCACAUCGUAGCAGAGCCGGAGAGCAACAUCCAAUCACAGGUCAGAGUUCUUCACUCUAUUCAUAUAUGCAGAAGGAAAUUAAAGAGACAGUCCUUGUGUGUGUGUGUGUGUGU